CUUAAUAUCUCUUCAUCAAACAAUCUUCAACUCACAUAAUCAUGCUUGCCCGUCUUACAAACAUAUUCACCCCACCCACCAAUCCAUCCGUGCUCCUUGUUGUUGGCAACUUUGGUGCCAAAAUCCAUGUUCUUCAUCUCCUACCCGAGGACGACACCAUCCAACGCUUCGGCCUCACAACCCCAUCUACUAACUUCCGCUACCGCGGAGCCAGAGAGCAGGCGCGCGAACAGAUCGGCACAGUCACACUUCACGUUGGAGAUGGCGAGUCUGCCGACAGCUUCCUCGACGACAUUGAGACACGAAUCCGUAAGCUGCGAAAUCAGACAGGCAGUGGUGAAGUGACUCAGCUAGUGCAAGACGUCCUUCAGCCCGCGGCACUCGAUGCGAUUCAAGAAAGAAAGGACCGAGAGCGCUCUAUGCGCGCGACGCAGACCUACCCUGUUUAUGUUGUUUACAUACGCUUGAGCGCAGGGAGGAGUCUGACUGAGCUGACAAGCUUUCCUUAAUAUAGAUUUCUUCAGUUCUUGUGCUCAAGAUAUGGACAGUAGUUGUGGUGUUUUGAAUUAACAUUACAUGCAUUACAGUAAUGCAUUCGCACAAUACUUGUCCUAUUUAUGAGUAGCUAAGCAUGGAGUGCAGUUAGUCAAUAGAGUAAUAGCAAGC